AUGUUUGGAAAUACACCAAGCCCUAGAAAUUUCCAGAACUCAAAGGGAUUCAACAGAUCUCAAUUAACAAAUGUUUAGAAGAACUUAAACAAUCAGUAUUAAAUUAUGGUAUAGGAUGAUAAAUCUCCAUUAAAGACAAAUCAAAAGUUACUACCUGAUUUGUAGCAAUAGUAAAAAAAGUUAAGUCAAACGAAACCUAAUUCCCCCAUUGGAGGAGGUUCCCAGAGUGAAUUUUCUAAGCACAUUAAGUAAACAGUGAAUCAAAAGCUCGUGAAUUAGAUCAUGAUGAGUUUCGAUUAAGAAGAGAAGCGAAAUGCGUUGUCAUAGAAACUUAUGAAUAAAACAUAGUUAAGAUAACCUAAACUGCCAAUCCUUACAGAAAAAGAAUAGAUCUAAGCUGACUAACUAUUCAAGAGAAAGCUAGAAGAAUACACUGAAGAUUUCAUAUAAAAAAGAAUACUCCAAAAUAAGAGAAUUUAAAAGGUCAUGGAGGAAACUUCAAAUCAGAUUGAGCGAAUUAUCAUCUAAGACUUAAAUAGUGGAGAAAAUUCAAGGAAUAAUAGGAAUUAAAAAUUGAUGAAAAGCUAAAUAGGUUUCAACAAUUAAGAGUCAAGGAUGCUGAGUAAUGAUGAUUAAAUCAAAAUAAAUAUGAGUUUCGACCUUAAUGAUAAAAUAAACGAUGGUGUAAACUUAAAGAAGAUGGUUUCAGUUAAACAUGGGCAAUCAUUUCAUAGGAAAGAUACAAUUAAAAAUCCAUCAUAACUCCUAUCAUAGCUUGAAGAAAGCUUUUAUCGAUAAGUUUAUAAUCAUUCUCCUGUAAGAGGAUCUAGUCCGCAGAAGAUAGAAAACUUCAAUAUUGCAAGAGAAAAUUUUACCAAGAUAAAUUCUAUAAUCGAUCACUUACAACCGACAUAGGAUAUCUAGGAACAAGAAUAAAACGAAUAUAAUGAAGCACUCUAAAGUUAAGAGGAAACUAAAUAGCUAGUGAAAAAUCAUGGUAAAAAGCUUAGAAAUUUGUUAGAAAAAUGGUGUGAAUCUGAUGAUUAUAAGAAUGCUUUGGAUGAUCCUAGAUUAGAUAAAUAUCGAUAUGAAACAUGGGGAGAGUUAAUAGAUUUCGAAUAAAAAUUGCAAGAAGAAAUGAUGAAGUUUAGGACUAAUACUGAAAAGAUAAAAUACUUAUGCUAUAAUAAAGUAGAUUCCAUAAAAUAUACAGCUAGUGCAUACAUAGAAUCACUAGAACAAGCAUUGAACGAGAAUAAAUUGCAAUAAAUGCAGAAGAUUGAAAGACUUUAAAUGGCUAUUGAAGAACAUGAAAGUAGAGCAUUUAAUGUCUUAGAUGAUAAUGAUUUUAUGAAAUCAGCGCUAGAAGCAGUUCUUGAAAAACUCCACAAAGAUUAUGUUAAAAUGGUCUCUCAAAGUAAGACACUAUUUGAUGACCUCUCUUAAUUCAAGGACUAGAAUGAAAAACUUACGAAAGAACUUUCUGAUUAAAAAGGUAUCACUGCAAACUUAAUAGAUAUUUUAUCAAAUGUGUGUAAGAUAAUAGUUCUAUACAAAGAUGAUGAAGUCAGUAAAAUUUGUAGAAAGACUAUCGAUGCUUGUGAUAUCAAAUAAAAAGAAAAGCUUCCAUCCCUAGUAAAUUAAUUCAUAGCUUUUAUGAGAAUGUAUCCAGUUUAAGACUUAGUAACUCCAGCACGUAAAGAAAUAGAACAGCUUAAGCAAAUGCUAUAUGUAAUUAUUGAUUAUCUUAAUAACACGGGCCAAAUAAUUAAGUUUUGGAUUCCAUAAUUUGAAGACACAGAUGAGUAAUAUAGAACUACUAUAGAGGGUUGGCAUAAAAACUAUUUAGUAACUGUCUUUGAGAAUGAGACUCUUUAGUUUAUGCAAAGGUUUAGACCUCCUAAUUUGGAUUUGCCUAAUAAGUUUGCUACACCAUAGCAUGUUACUGACAGGAUAAAGUAAUAAAAGCAGAGAGAGUAGAUUUAAUUGGAAGCAGAAUUGCUCUUAAAUGAUGCAGAUUUUACUUCUAGAGAUUAGUUAAAAUCAAAUGAUGGUAAAAGUUAGACAUUCUUGACUGAUAAGUAAAGUUAAAAUGAUCUAGCUGAUGAAAAGUCUCAAAGAUCUUAAAGAGGCUUGAAUUAAAGCAAUCUAAAUUCAAGUUAAGUUACUUUACCAACCAAUGCUAACAAUUUAUAGAGCAGCAACUAAAAAGAUCUAUCAGCUAGAAAUCAUAUUAAUAAAUAGUCUUCAAAUGUCACAUAAAACCCCAAAGAGAAAGAAGGAAAAUCUAAAGGAGAUAAAGAGUAAGGUGUUAAAAAAUAAAAUAGUAAGAAAAAAAAUAAAAAUAGUUCAAAGAAUUCUAAUCCAAAUAACCUUGGGCCUAAUUCCAAUAAUCUUGAACCAUCUUCAAACAAGAAAAAAUUAACGAGAGAAAAUAGUAAGACAAAUAUUGAUAUUUCUUAAGUAGUGGGUAAAGACAAGUCGUUAAAAAGCCCCAGUUCUCCUGUUUAAAUGUACCUUACUCAGAUUAAGUUUCCCUUAGAUAUAAUCUAUAGAUUAUGUGAAAAUGUACAUUAAAAGCUGGAUUCAAAUAUAUUAGACAAGAUAACUAUGAAUUAUAAAAACAAAAGAGCUGAGUAGGAAAAAUUAAAUAAGAAAAUAGAGGAAAAUCUAACAGAAUAAGAAUAGAAAUUUUAUCAAUAAAUCAUUUCUAAUUAGCCAAAAAAUACCUAAUUCAUAGAUGCAUCUAAUCUCAUCAAGAUACUUAACGAGGUCUCAAGUUCAUAUUUUGAUGAGUGCAUACAAAAACAAUACAAUGAUCCUGAAAAUCAAAAAUCUUUGCCAGAUCUAUUUCGAUUAUUAAGUUGCAUUUCAUUUAAAGAAAAGGGCUUCUGUAUUAAGCAUGACAAAGCAAUUGAAUUUUUGGCAUCUCCCAAAGCAGAUGGAUAUACUAUUUGCCAAUUAUUUAAGAUUAUAAUCAGGCUAAAUACUUUUUUCAUUAUUGAUAAGCCUCUAAAUAUGGAACUAGAUAGCUCUUUUGAAGCUUAUAGGCAGCAAGUAAUAGACUAGUUUUUUGCUCCAAAUAGUAUUUAGAUUCGAAUUUUAUUUAAAAUGAACAAGAUUAGAGAUUUUUUCAAUGAAAAAUUUGAAAAAGAUAAUUCAAUAGGGGAAGAUUAUUUUAAGUUUAAUCCUUCGAAACUAAAAACAACUGAUAUUUAUGAGAUACUUAAUCUACCCUUUUAUAAAGAAGGCAUUAAUGAGAUAUCAAUCAUUCAAGCACUCUCAACUUACACUGCAAACCUUAAAAAUCUAAAUAAUCGGGAUAAUUUUGAUCUAGCUUGCGAUCUUGUCAAGUAUAAAUUUUCAGAACCUAAUAAAAUCUUCGAUGAAUAUAAUAAAAAAACUCAAAAAUUAAACUUACCUUUAUAACCUUCAAGUUUAUUAUCUGAGGGAAUGUAGUAAGCACUGGGAAAUGGAGAUAAUACACCUUAAGAGUUUUAGCAUAAUUUUAUAAGAGCUUUGAGAAACAUAAACUAGCAUAUCCAAACUUAGAAUAAGAAUAGUGGCAUUGGAAAUUAAAAUCUAACAGAUGAAUUAAUUCAAAGUGAAAUUGUGAAUCUCUUAUCACACAGAUCAAGUUAUACAAACAUGCUAGAUCAAAAUAAAAGUGUUUUUAGUUCAAGUGAUUUAGGUGGUCAACCUGGAAUUGGUAAUAAUAAAGCUUACUAAGGUAUUGAUCCUCUAAAUUACAAAGAAAAAGAACUAACAAAAGUUGAGAUUAUUAGACAAGAGACAAUUAAGACAAUUAAAGUUCUUUAGGAUUUUGUGAAAAAAUCUGUCACAAAGCCAAACAGAGCUACAAUUAAGUAAAGAUAAUCAAGUUUAAUAAAGCUAAAUUCUCUUUAAUCUUUCACAGAAUAAAUGAAUCUCUAGCAAGAACAUUCGAAUAUAUCCCCUUUAAAAGGCAGAAACAAUAGCGGUAGAAAGAAGCGCAACUCAACACAUUCAUUAACUAUUGAGGAGUCUUCGGAAAGGUCAUCAACAGAUUAAAUGGAAGUCUUGAUUAGAUAUACUAAUGGUUAAAAGAGUACUCAUAGUAAAAUUUCCUAAAAUAGAUCUAAGAUGUCUAAACACUCUAAAAUGUCUAAAUUUGACAAUAAUGAUAGGAGUAUUACUGAUAAUUCAAAGUCUUUAAAUAAAAGUUAUGUUGGAAAUAUCACUCCUAUUAGUAAAGUUGUCUCUAAUCCUUCUUAAUACCUUAAGAAUAAUAAUAGCUAUAAAAAUGAGUCACCUAAUAAGAGAGUUGAGAUUCAAAGUGAUAAAGUAGAUCCUAUGAAAGGAGCAGAAAAAAGAUUAAGUUUAAAAAUUCAAGUUUAAUAAAGAGAAAAAUCGAGGGAUAUUGAAAGACCAAAAGGAUCUAAGAAUGAGAAUAGAGGAAAUAAAUCAGUGAAAAAUGAUGAUAAAUCUUCCAAGGAUGAAGAUGAAGAAUAAGUGGAAGAAGAUGAUGAGUUUAAAGGUAAUAAUAUAAGUUUUAAUUAAAAUCCUAUAGACUUUUAAACUUAGAAGGAAAAAGAAUUGUUUGGAGCUGCCAAAAAACAACUCAGAGAACUUGAUAACACACUCUAUAUAAAGCGAAUGAAGAAAUUUGAUGAAGAGAUUGAGAAAUUAAGAAGCAUUUUCAAGUAAAAUUAAGGAUAAGUUAACUCAACAUUAUUAAUACCAAAGAACAGGAAGUUAAGGAACAGUUAGAAAAAUCCUCUAGCUAGUCCAAAUGAUCUCUUUAAAGCAAAUAUAAUAGAAUUGAACCAUAGAAUGACCUAGAUUGAGAACAGUCAAAGAUCUAAAAAACCUAGGAUGACUGUAGGUCCAUAGAUCAACUUUAUAAAUACGAACAUAAAUGUAGAUAACUCAUUCAUUCCUGAUAUAUUUGUGAGAAAAAUAGAAAAUUCUAGUUUUAUGACUCAAAAGCACGCUGGAAAAAGAGAUUUAUCGUUUGCUAAUCCAAUAAAUUAAAAUACAAAGCUAUUUGAGAAGAAUUUAAAAGAUGCCAGAAAUCGGAUUGUUGGCAGCCAGCAAUCUAAAGAGUAAAGAAUGAUUAGAAUCUUUGGCUAGUUUUCUCAACCUAAUUCACCUUCCCCCUCACCUUAAACUAACUAACACAUUAGUUUUGAUAAUCAGGAUCCUCAUGAUUAAACAGCUAGAUUUACAUUUAAGCAGUAGAACACAACUCUAUACGGUAAUGUGUCAACAACCAAUUCUGUAAUAAUUCCGGAGGGAUUAAAAUAAAAAUAUCUCAAAAGAGAGCCUUAAACUGAAAAGCAUAAUCUUUCUCAUAAUUAAAAUCUUGACUUGCCAAUUGUUGAUGAAAAAUGA